CGAAGCACGGAUCCCUAAGCUUCAACUCCCGAGUUCGCCCCCUCGAGGUCGUUGGAUCAAGCCGAGACGGACACCAGCGGCGGCAUCAGUCAUAGUUGCGGAAAUGUCGUUAUCCCUCCUCUCGUUUCGAGGCCUUGCCUCCCGACUGCUCUCCCGGCCAAACACUCUAGCGCCCAGCCCGUCCGCCCCGUUCAAGACGACACAAUGCAUCGCGCCAUCAACCCGCGCCCUCUCCACCACUCCAUUCGCCCUCGCCCCUCCAGGGUCAAAGAACAAGGGAAAUGACGCCAAGAAAAAUGCCAGCAAAGCGGCCAAGGCACAGCCUAAGAAGAAAGGCAAAGGCGGACGCGGCGAUGAGCCGCGCGACCCGCGCAUGAUCAACAUGCUUAAACACUUCGCAGUGCUCUCCCCCAGGCGCAUCCCGCCGCCGCUGCGGAUGGCCCGCAACCGGCACUUGCGGCACUGGACGAUCCAUCGGGCGUGGAUGCUCUUCCAGCGGCGGGAGCGCGAGGCGCGCGAGCGGAAUCUGAUGCGGCAGUACCAGAGCAUGAGUCGCGCUUGUGAGGAGCUGCGGCUUACGUCAGGCCCGGGCACGCGCGACCAGGGCUACUUGUACCGCGUGGCCAUGGAGAAGAAAGGUGUUUACGGCCUUAACGGAAUACCGAUUGAGUACGCACGGGCGCAGACCGAGACGCCAGCCAGGGUGGCGUGGAACCACGAUUGGAAGCGGUGAGUGGUGGACGGGUCGGGACGAAGGCCGUUUGUUUGCGGUGUCAAUGGGAAGGGGUUUGUAGGAUGCAUCGAUGGUUAGCAGCAGCCGGGCGGCCGGGAUGCCAUGAGCUGUUAAACAUUGGCGUCUGGCAUUUGAAAGCGUUGGUCGAUGUAGAAUAUCUUGUACCAUAUCAAUGACAGCGAGGCGAGCGAAGCCUUGAUACAAGAAAGUCGAGCUUUUGUCUUCCGUAUCGAGACCCAAUCAAAACACGUUAUCCAGUCAAACCUUCCUUCUUAGCCCCCGUAAGAAGGGCAACUGUCCGUCAAGCCAUAAAGGGUUAUUUUGUCGACCAUGAUCCCCUUCGGUGCCCUAUCGUAGCUAGUUGACAACCUGAGACUCUUGAAUGAUUAUGUCUGGGAUUGACAGUCUGACCUCCUGAAUCAUC